GCUGGCACUAGUAGUAGAACGUGGUCUUGGGCUUUAACCAGUCAGUCCCAGUCGGAGAUCCAUCCCCAGAAAAAAAAUACGAAGACUGUUCAGUUCGGGCCAACAAAAGGUGCAAAGUAACGCAAAAGACUAACGAUAAGGCAAAAGACAUUCAGACUUGGAAGUGAUAGGUGUGUGCGCGCGCGGGGAAUCGAUACCGGAUCGAUUUAUGAAAAAAGAUACUUUUUGGUAGUGAAUAAGUAGCAGAAUAUCUAUCACGAUAAUUAGUAGUGUCUUUUGGAGAACUUUGCUCAAUUGGAAAGUCUAGUUCUAAGUGAAUGGUUUUGGAAAACCCUACCUGCUUGGAUUACCCAUGAUUCGUGAAUAACUAAAGUGAAACCAGAAACUAUAAACAAGUGUAUAUCUAUAACUUUGGAGCAGAAUGUAUCUAGUUUUCUGACCUGACGGACAUUAUUCUUGAACGCUAGAAAUUGUUUGAAGUGAGCGAAAGUGAUCUUGGUGCAACUUUUCGUUUAUAUAACUCGUUGAACGCUAACGAGAGAGAUAAUAUGUCUUCAAUAUCUUCUUCGCCGCUAAGUCACAUUAGUGUGGAUGAUAUUCAAGUAACAUCAACAAGAGAUUCAGAUUAUCACUCAGAGCUCUCUCUGGCAAUUAAAGAGGAGCGCGCUUCGAGCAUUUCACCGAUGUUAACGCCGCCUCACACACCGACGGAAGAUUCAAUUAGUGCGUUGCGCAAGAUGCACGGAAGCGUCGGCAGUGCACAGCACAUGGAACCAUUGCGACAACAGCAGCCCCACUUUGCUGGUCAUCAGCCAACCAUGUUGCCUCAGCAAAUGUUGCAUUCGCAAGCACAAUUGGAGCAUUAUCAAGCGCAACAGCAGCAGGCUCAGCACAGGCUUUGGUUGCAAGCUCAACUCCAGCAGCAACAACAGCAACCAGCCAUCCCCAGUGGUUAUGCUUUACAGUACCCCCCACAUGUAGGAGUCCCCGGGCAUCACAUCCAUCAGCCACCUUCGCAGCAUCAAGCGAUGCUUAUGAGCCAGUGGAUUCGCAGUGCAGCGCUGUAUCAGCAUCACCCGCAAUUGCAUCUACGCCCCUACCCCGAUAUGCAACGUAUGCAUCCGAUGGGUAGAGGUGGUUUGGGGCCAAUGAAGAUCAUUGGACCAAAUGGGACACGACCAAAAAAGCAGUUCAUCUGCAAAUAUUGUAAUCGGCAUUUCACUAAAUCGUACAACCUCCUCAUCCACGAGAGAACCCACACUGAUGAAAGACCGUAUUCUUGCGAUAUUUGCGGGAAAGCGUUCCGUAGGCAAGAUCACCUUCGUGACCAUCGUUACAUUCACUCCAAAGAAAAGCCUUUCAAGUGCAAUGAUUGCGGUAAAGGAUUUUGCCAAUCACGAACAUUGGCCGUACACAAGGUUACCCAUCUUGAAGAAGCUCCCCACAAGUGUCCGAUCUGCAAUCGAACCUUCAAUCAACGAGCGAACUUGAAAACACACAUGCAGAGUCAUACCCAAUCUGAAGAUCAUUUACAUGAUCCACAAAAUCAGCUUCAGCAACACGAUUCUGAGCGGAUCAUAUUGCCCACACCCGUGUUAGAUUUAUCGCAAAAAUCAGCUACAUCAUUGUCUGACGAAGACGCUACGAGACCAACAACCCCAUUGACGACAUCCUCCUCUUUACCCUGUGAUUUGGAACGGCCGAAAAAAAGCAGGGGCUUCACCAUUGAUGAAAUCAUGAAGAGGUAAACAAAGAUGCUCAAUUGCCCCGUCAACUACAGUAUUAAUUAAUUGUGCAAUGGCUUCACUGCUGCACGUCUGCAAGGCUACAGCUUUAGAUACGUUUUCUGACUAUGGAUUGGCAAUCUAUAGUUUUGGUGCAUUGCGCACUAGAAAUAUUAUCUGAUUUAGCACUUUGCCUCGAAAUGUACCGUGGAGAGGCAAGUGUUAGAGGAACCGUAGUAGUAUUAUUUAUUUAGCCAAGAAUUUGGUCCAAAUGAAACGGAAAAUAAUGCCAAAGUUAUUGAGUCCCAAUGUUAUGUUGUUGCUUCAAAGAUAGAUGUAAAGUAAUUAACGUUUUAUUUCAAUCUAUUUAAUACCACACCAGAAGACUGAUUUAUGUACUUUUUAGUUUUAUCGCUUUAUGAUGAGUUCUCGAUUGAAUUUUUUCUUUGAUAACAUAAAAUUUAUAACGAAAUUGAAGCAGAAAUCAAAAGAGGCCAAAUAUGAGUAUUGUUACCUUUAAAUAAUGAAAUCCCUGUUAUCACUAUUCGUAACAAAUUUAAAUAAUUGUCUUUUGAAAAAAAAAAACCAAAAAUAUUUAUGGAAAGAAAUUUUCCUCAAAUUAACCUUUCACAUCC